AUCCCAGGAGGCUCUGACCUGGGCCUUCUCAGGUCCCUCUCCUUCUCAUUGGCUCCUUCCCUCCUCUGGUUUCCUGGGGACCAGAGCAAGGGAACAAAGGCAGGGAGUGGUGGGAGGGAGACUGUUUGUGCUGUGUGGGUUGUCUACUGGCUCCUUCCCUGGUGAGUCCUUCCUCCUCACCUCCCUGCUCAUCUGUACGGUGGGGCAAGUAGGGCGGUGAGGCCAGACCACGACAGCCUUGGGGACCACCACCAAGGAAGGCCUGGCAUGCUGGGCAGACAUGGGCUCAUGAAGGAGGGCGGAGUGUGGAGCUGUGCUGAUCAGAGUUUCUCGGGAAGGGGCUCUGAGUAUGCAGUUGCAGUCAGAAGAGCUGGGGUGCUGUCCCCGACGCCCAGAGGCCCUCCCCUCCCCUGUGCUCAAGGCUGAGUCUUCUGGAGUGUGAGGGGGCAUGAUGUUGAGGUUUUGGGGUGGCGAGAGGUGAAUGACAGAUCCAGCUCAAGAAUCACUAGGUGGGCUUUGGGCGAAGGUGAAAGCCAGCUGCUUCUUCCUUCUUGCUCUGGACUCCACACAGAUUGACCUGGAGCCCCCAGGUUUCUUGGGUGUUGUCCCCUUCCUAAGUCAUGGGAGCGGCCUCUUCCUUGGGUAGGUGUGGCCAUGCUGAAGGACCUGGAGGAUCACGUUCAAACCCAGCCUCUGGAUCCAGCCCUCAGAGGAGUCCUGGAGAUAGGCCCUUCCCUCCUAGUGCCGGUUGUGUGCAGGUCUGUGGGCCAGAAACUGAGACCAGCGGGACAGGUCCAGCAAACUCUGCCCUGUUUCCUGCUGAGAUCUUAGCUCCCAGGUCCAGCUCCAGGCCCCCUCCGAAGCCUGGACUGUCUUUGCCUUGUCCUCCACCUCCAUAAUGGGACACUCCCCACUCUCCGGUGAUUCAGGCUCCUGGGCAUAGGAAGGUGACUGGGGCGAGACAGCCUCUGGGGAGUGACUCCCCGAGCUCAGAGGACCUUUCUUGGCUCCUUUGUCUGCCACCAGUUCAUCUCAUGGAGAGGUCAUCUGCCCCUAGAGCCCUUUUCCAGCAUCUCCUAAGCAGGGGCGUGUGUAGGGGGCUGGAGGGUCUCGUGGCUCUGGCUGUUCCUUGUUUGCCUUGGGGCUGGACUAGCGAUGGGGAAGCAGUAGGUCUGGCUUCCCUCGGAUGGUGAUUCUUCCCUCCCCCUUCACCCUCCAGAGCUCACUGAUGGAGACACCUCUUGAGAAGGCUCUGACCACUAUGGUCACCACUUUCCAUAAAUAUUCGGGGAGAGAAGGCAGCAAACUGACCCUGAGCAGGAGGGAACUAAAGGAGCUGAUCAGGAAGGAGCUGUGUCUUGGAGAGAAGAUGAAGGAGACCAGCAUUGAUGACCCGAUGAAGAGCUUGGACAAGAACAGUGACCAGGAAAUCGACUUUAAGGAGUACUCAGUGUUCCUCACCACACUGUGCAUGGCCCACAACGAAUUCUUCCUGGAGGAUAGUAAAUGACCAGGGCUCAGCCCCUUCCCCCUGGUCUCCGCAGCCCCUCUCAUAGCCCCUCUCUGGCCCCUUGCCCUCGCCUCCCUUCUGGAUGGACCCUGCUUCCGCCUUCCCUUCCAGCAGGGCAAAUAAAGAUUUUCCA